GAAAGCAGCAGUCAGCAGUGAAGUGAGCGAGCAGUGAUUUGCGUGGUAGAGCAAAACAUGAGACUGCUGUUGUUAUAAGAGGAACUUUGGCGAAUUUGGGUUGUAACUUCCUCUGUCAGUUGAUUUUGUCGAGAGCAAUGGUGCGAACGGGCAGCAAAGCCCUGCUCCUGUCCCUCGUCACCGCCGCUUUGCUUUGUUCGGCCCUGGCGAACGAGGACACAGUGACGAAUCAGCAAAUCUCCAGCAAACUGUUGCAGUUCCUCCAAGGACAACAAGGCAACAGAUACGAUUUCAAGCAGGAUGCCGACGUCUUUGAGACUCAGUUGGUCGGUGACACGACCUUUUUCCUGGCCGAAUUGAGUCCCAAAUGCAAGGACCCUGAAGAUGCCCUGUGCAUCGAGACGGGAAUGGUGUGUCAGGGUGGCAUUCUGGCUGGUGAGGUGUCGGACGUCAAGUGCUUCAUUCGCGAAUCUGACCCUCCGGCGCCCCAGUACAAAGAGGGCUACCUGGUCAAGCACUCCAACAACUUCGUCUCCAAAAUUCUGGACGACGGCCUUAUGAAGCUGCAGAGAGACACCGGCCGCAAGAGAAAAGUCAUUGACAUCUUGUCCGUGAAGAAAAGGGAAACCUCUGCUGGAACCGAGGUUUACAUCACUUCCAAAGUGACCGCUGGAACCGGCGACGUCAUGGAGCUGGAAGUGUGCGAGCUCUCUUCAACCCUCGGCGCCCCUGGCACGAUGCAAGUGAUGGAGAUGGAAACCACCUGCUUUGCUUUGUCAGACGACUUUUCGUCCGCAGGAAACAAGAUGCUCACUCCUGACGAGAUCAAGUCUCAAAUCAACUGGGCCCUGGAGAACAUCAACUCUGAUACUGAUUCCGUUUUUAACUUCACUGUCCACGAUACCCUGGAGGCCUCUGAAAUAAUGACUCACGGCUCUGGAGGAACCACAACCUUGCUCAAACUGGAGUUGUCUGCGACCAGAUGUCCCAAGGACGCUCGCGGGCUGCAGUGGCAGUGCGAGCCAAAGGGACAGCCUUACUUCUGCACCCUGUCAACCUGGUCCAGGCCUUGGAAGAAUGAUAUUCUGCUCUCUCGCCCUUACUGCAAGCUCAUGCCCACUGCCCCUGAUGCCAGAAAAGCUGAUUUUGUUGGGGAUGCAAUCAAGCGCCCUGGCUACUGCACCGGCUGCCUUCAGGAAGUGAACAAAGAGGAUGAAAAGGUUACUGAACUUGCCAACUCUGCUGUGAAUGACAUAAACGCUGGACAGUUGGUCUCCAGUCCGCAUAAACUCGUCAGGGUGCUGUCCGCCCACCGACAGGUGAUUAACGGUGUCCGCUACGUUUUGAACGUCGAACUGACGCCCUGCCUGCAAGAGACUGAGCCUUGUGAAGUGGCCGAGGGGGCUGAGAGCACUUUGACAUGCCGCGUUGAGGUCAUCGAAGGUGCCGUCGACAGGAAGAGGAAACUCUCCAGCGCCCUGUGCAAGCCGAUCAAUGAAGUAACGACCGUUGAGCCUGAAGUGACCGAGCCAUCCCCUCAGGAGCGAGAAAUUUACAGCGAAGAAGACAAGUCAGAGGAGGCCCAGCAGUUUGCUGAAGUUCCUCAGACAAGGGCGAAACGAUCAAACCUCUUGGGCAGCCCUGAACCCAUCGAUUUGGAGAAGGAAGGCGAUAAGAUGAGGGAACUGGCUGAAAUGGCCCUCAAGAAUAUUGAUGACAUUGACGACGAUGUCAGCAGAAGGAAGCUGAUUGAUGUUAUUGAAGCGAAAAAACAGCUUGUAAAUGGCGUUUUGUACCAUCUGUCCAUGCGAAUUGCGGUGAUGCCCCCUUGCGACAACGGAGGUGAGGACUGCAUCGCCGGCGACUCCCUUCCCACGCUCCUCUGCAAGGUGCAGGUGCACCAGUCCCAACCUGACACGCCCAGAGGCAAACCAACGACCAAGGUCAUGCGAUCGGAAUGCGAACCCGAGGGCGCCUUUGAAGUGCACGAGGCUGAAAAUCCUGGCGUCGCACCUGCGACAAGUGGAAGAACCAAGCGUGGUUUAGUUGGUGGCGUGUCACCAGCCGACGCGAACGACCCUAAAUUCAAAGAAAUCGCCGAUCACGCCGUGCUUGAGCUGGACAAAGGAACCAACGCACUCUACCACAGAACAGUUGUCAAAAUUGUCUCUGCCAGGCAGCAAGUGGUUUCUGGAGCUUUGUACUACCUGAAACUGGAGCUUGGCUACAGUGACUGGGCAAAGAACACGCCCAAGCCGACCAAAAUCCAGCUGACUGAAGGCUCAGAAAGGGAAAUUUGCGACGUCCAGGUGUGGGAUCGACCCUGGUUGAAUGCAAGGGAGGUGACUAACUUUACUUGCACACAGUCUGUGUCGAGGACAAGGCGGUCUGUCGGAAAGAUUGGUGGAGGCACCCAUGACAUCCAUGUUGGAAUUUUCCUCAAGUACAUUGAGCGUCACGGCAAACAUUACGAAUCAGAGGAAGAAUUCCACAGGCGAUACCGCAUUUUCCGCGCCAACAUGAAGAAGAUCCAGUACCUGCAGGAAACCGAGCAGGGCACCGCCAAGUACGGGCCAACCAGAUUUGCCGACAUGACAAGCGAGGAGUUUAAGCGAAACUACCUAGGACUCAAACCCACUUUUGAAAAGAAGGGAAAGCUCAUCAUGAAGAAAGCUAUUAUUCCGAAUAUUACCCUCCCUGAUGAGUUCGACUGGCGCAACUACAAUGCUGUCACUCCAGUUAAAAAUCAGGGUCAAUGUGGAUCUUGCUGGGCUUUCUCAGUCACUGGCAACGUCGAAGGUCAGUGGGCCAUCCGCAAGGGAGAACUUCUCUCCCUUUCUGAGCAGGAGCUGGUCGACUGCGACAGCCUGGACAGCGGCUGCAACGGAGGUUUGCCUAGCAACGCCUACGAGGCUCUCUUGAACAUCGGUGGUCUGGAGACUGAAACCGACUAUCCAUAUGACGGCAAGGACGAAAAGUGCCACUUUGACAAGACCGAGGUGCGCGCUACCGUCACUGGCGGAGUGAACAUUACUUCAGACGAAGACAGCAUCGCCAAGUGGCUCGUCAAGAACGGACCUAUCUCUAUAGGCAUCAAUGCGAAUGCCAUGCAGUUCUACUUUGGAGGCGUGUCUCACCCUCCAAAAUUCUUGUGCAGCCCCAAGGACCUUGAUCACGGAGUCCUCAUUGUCGGCUUUGGUGUUCACACAACCUCUAUCCGCCACCGCAAACUCCCUUACUGGAUCGUGAAAAACAGCUGGGGUCCCAAAUGGGGUGAAAAGGGUUACUACCGAGUGUACCGCGGUGAUGGAACCUGUGGUGUCAACAUGAUGGCCACCUCGGCCACGGUGGAGUAAGAAGCUUAGCUGGGGUAAAAAAUAGCAAGUUUUGUGGGAUCAAUUGUUUCCGUGCCAACGUAAUUACAGAACAAAACGAAUUUCUUUAGAUCUGACAUAACUACUUGUGAUCAAAAUAUAUAUUGAUAUAAUCUCUGUGACGUUACAGUUUUAAUAAAGCUAUUCUAAUUAUUAUUUGUCAA